UCUUAGUUGCAUACAUUUAAGAAACGUUUUUUUUUUUUUUUUUUUUUUUUUUUUUUUGCGAGUGACAUGGAUGUAUUUUAGUGCUGCUUGGACUCAGACAUCUUUACUAUGAGUUCCUCUGCAGAAGCGCUUCCAGCGGGGCAACUUUUCCGUGCGCCGCGGCGCCGUUGAGCCGCGCAUCUCCUGAGAGGAAAGUUUACGCGCAACCCCCGGCCAACAUGGGCUCCCGGUGAAACAACCCAGCCACGGUUGUUUUAGGUUCUCUUUUCUGACCCGCUAAACAAACAUGCAGAAGAGUGUCCGCUACAACGAAGGGCACGCACUGUUUCUGUCGGUGGUCGCGCGCAAGGAGGGCACCAAGCGCGGUUACCUGAGCAAGAAAACGGCGGAGAACAGCCGAUGGCACGAGAAGUUCUUCGCCCUGUACCAGAAUGUGCUGUUCUACUUCGAGAACGAGCAGAGCGCGCGACCUGCCGGGAUUUACCUGUUGGAAGGAUGCACCUGCGAGCGCGCGCCGGCGCCCAAGAUGUCCACCACAGGGAAGGAGGCGCUGGAGAAACAGCACUACUUCCUCAUUGUGUUUGGUCAUGACGGACAGAAGCCUCUCGAGCUGCGCACAGACGAGGAGAGUGAGUGUGAUGAAUGGGUGGAGGUCAUCCAGCAGGCCAGUUACUCUGACAUCAUCAUUGAGCGCGAGGUGCUGAUGCAGAAAUACAUCCACCUGGUUCAGAUAGUGGAGACAGAGAAGGUGGCUGCCAAUCAACUUCGCACUCAGCUGGAAGAUCAGGACACAGAAAUCGAGAGGCUCAAAGCAGAGAUUGUAGCUCUGAACAAAACUAAGGAACGAAUGCGCCCUUACCAUGUGAACCAAGAAGACGAAGACCCAGAUAUCAAAAAGAUAAAAAAAGUGCAGAGUUUCAUGCGGGGCUGGCUGUGUCGAAGGAAGUGGAAGAUCAUUGUUCAGGACUACAUCUGCUCUCCUCACGCUGAGAGCAUGAGGAAGAGGAAUCAGAUCGUCUUCAACAUGGUGGAGGCAGAGACAGAGUAUGUCCACCAGCUGUACAUCCUGGUCAACUGUUUCCUCAGACCUCUGAGGAUGGCUGCCAGCUCCAAGAAACCCCCCAUCAGUCAUGACGAUGUCAGCAGCAUUUUCCUCAACAGUGAAACCAUUAUGUUCCUACAUGAGAUUUUCCACCAAGGCCUGAAGGCCCGGAUUGCCAACUGGCCAACGCUGGUGCUUGCUGACCUCUUCGACAUCCUCCUGCCCAUGCUGAACAUCUACCAGGAGUUUGUGCGAAACCAUCAGUACAGCCUGCAGGUUUUGGCCAACUGUAAGCAGAAUAGAGACUUUGACAAGCUGCUUAAACAGUAUGAAUCCAAUGCGGCCUGUGAGGGAAGAAUGCUGGAGACCUUUCUCACAUACCCCAUGUUCCAGAUUCCCCGCUACAUCAUCACCCUGCAUGAGUUAUUGGCACACACUCCUCAUGAGCAUGUGGAGCGCAAGAGCCUUGAAUUUGCCAAAUCCAAACUAGAGGAACUGUCCAGAGUGAUGCAUGACGAGGUGAGUGACACAGAGAACAUCCGUAAGAACCUGGCCAUAGAAAGGAUGAUUGUGGAGGGCUGUGACAUUCUGCUGGACACCAGCCAGACCUUUGUCAGACAGGGCUCUCUGAUCCAGCUGCCAUCAGUGGAGAGGGGCAAACUCAGUAAGGUGCGUCUGGGCUCACUGUCUCUGAAGAAAGAAGGAGAAAGACAAUGCUUCCUCUUCACCAAACAUUUUCUCAUCUGCACACGCAGCUCCGGGGGAAAACUGCACCUUCUCAAGCAAGGCGGAGUUUUGUCCCUCAUUGACUGUACACUCAUAGAGGAACCAGAUGCCAGCGAUGAAGAGUCCAAGGCAGGUGGUCAGGUAUUUGGCCAGCUGGACUUUAAGCUGGUAGUAGAGCCAUCGGACUCGUCGUCGUUCACCGUGGUGCUGCUGGCACCGUCACGGCAGGAGAAAGCUGCAUGGACCAGUGAUAUUAGCCAGUGCAUAGAUAAUAUCCGUUGCAAUGGCUUGAUGACCAGUGUAUUUGAGGAGAACUCUAAGGUCACUGUACCGCAUAUGAUCAAAUCCGAUGUGCGUCUCCAUAAAGAUGAUGUUGACAUUUGCUUCAGCAAGACGCUCAACUCCUGCAAGGUCCCCCAGAUCCGCUAUGCCAGCGUGGAGCGGCUGCUGGAGAGGCUGACGGACCUGCGUUUCCUCUCCAUAGACUUCCUCAACACCUUCCUGCACACAUACAGGAUCUUCACCACUGCAGCUGUGGUCAUGGACAAACUGGCCGACAUCUACAAGAAACCCUUCACUUCCAUUCCUAUCAGGGUGCAGUACCACUCAUUUGACCGUCUGUCCAUAACGUCCAUCUGUCCUGACUACAGUCUGAAGAUCAAGAAGAUAGCCCUGGACCAGUCUAAGUCCUUGGAGCUGUUCUUUGCCACCAACCAGAAUAACAGAAGUGGGGAUCACAUAAACGACAAAUCUCCUCGUCUCUGCCGCAAGUUCUCCUCGCCUCCUCCUCUGUCCAUCUCCUCCCGCACCUCCUCCCCUGUCCGUGCACGGAAGCUCUCCCUCCACUCCCCCAUCACUUCCAGGGUGGGUGGCCUCGACCUGACCAGUCCCACCUCCAACCCCAUCGUCAACCACAACACCUCCCAGUCUGCUGCCAGCAGCCCGACGUCUGCCCACACGCCCCAGACCCCGACACCUCAGACCCCCACUUCAACCCCAACCUCUACUACCUCCUCUCCUCCUCCAUCCUCCACCUCUCCUCCACCCUGCAACUCCAAGGUACCACAGGACCAAGCUCCUCCCAUCCCCUCUUCUCCGGAUCAGAGUCCGAACGCAGAGGGGGAUGAGCUGCCCAGGAUCGACGCCUUCUGCGGCAAACUGAGGCGCAGCAUCCGCAGAGCUGUGCUUGAGUCCAUGUCACUGGAGAAAAUCAUCCCAGAAUCCUCUCAAAACAGUGAAGCAGGAGACAUGUCCCCAUGUCGCUCCCCCUCGACCCCCCGACACCUUCGUUACAGACAGCCUGGAGUCCAGUCAGGGGAAAACUCUCGCUGUUCCGUCUCUCCCGCCUCAGCCUUUGCGAUUGCCACAGCAGCAGCAGGACACGGUUCACCACCAGUGUUUACUAACUCUGAAAGGACUUGUGAUAAAGAGUUCAUCAUCCGCAGAGCUGCAACCAACAGGGUUCUCAACGUGCUGCGACACUGGGUCUCCAAACACUCCCAGGACUUUGAGAUGAAUGGGGAGCUGAAGAUGGCAGUGAUCUGUCUCCUGGAGGAAGUCCUGAGAGAUCCAGAUCUUCUGCCUCAGGAAAGAAAAGCCACCGCCAACAUACUAAGUGCCCUUUCUCAAGACGAGCAGGAAGACGCUCAGCUGAGGAUAGAAGACAUCCUGCAGAUGGCGGAGUGUCCGAAGGCAGAGUGUUUCGAGUCUCUGUCGGCGAUGGAGCUGGCUGAACAGAUCACUCUGCUGGACCACAUCGUCUUCAGGAGCAUCCCUUACGAAGAGUUCCUGGGCCAGGGCUGGAUGAAGGUCGACAAGACAGAAAGGACGCCCUACAUCAUGAAAACUAGUCAACACUUCAAUGAUAUGAGUAACCUGGUGGCGUCUCAGAUCAUGACCCAUACUGACGUGGGCUCCAGGGCCAGCUCCAUAGAGAAGUGGGUGGCUGUGGCCGACAUCUGCCGCUGUCUCAACAACUACAACGGGGUGCUGGAGAUCACAUCGGCGCUCAACCGCAGCGCCAUCUACCGCUUGAAGAAGACGUGGGCCAAAAUCAGCAAACAGACUAAAGCACUGAUGGACAAGCUGCAGAAGACUGUGUCGUCUGAAGGAAGGUUCAAAAACCUGAGGGAAACCUUGAAAAAUUGCAACCCUCCAUGUGUGCCGUACCUGGGAAUGUACCUAACGGACCUGGCCUUCAUUGAGGAGGGAACGCCCAACUUCACUGAGGAGGGUCUCGUCAACUUCUCCAAAAUGAGGAUGAUUUCCCACAUCAUCAGAGAGAUACGACAGUUCCAGCAGACCCCCUACAGGAUAGAGCAUCAAGCCAAGGUGACCCAGUACCUGCUGGAUAAGACUCUGAUCAUGGAUGAAGACACGCUCUAUGAUCUCUCUCUGAAGAUUGAGCCCAGGCUUCCAGCCUGAGUGACAGCUGUUGUGUCCAGUGGAGCUUGCCAACCCUGGACCUUCCCUGCAAGGGCAACACGCCCUCAUAAUCACAUCAAUGAAGAGGAAAGAUGGAUGUGAAGUUUUGAGAGCAUCCUGGAGGUGGAAAUAGAGAGAGACCACUGGACAAGACAGAGAGUUCUUGAAAGUCAACUGUGAGACAGGAUGAACAAGGCAGAGAGUUUGAGAAGAGACACUGAGGUUGAAUGGAAAAAAGUGCAGGCUAGGAAUACAUUUUGUUCCUCUAAAAUAAUGGACUGAUUGUUUUCAAGGAGAAGAGAGAAGGUUUGUGGUCGCAUUGAGUAGUGGUGUCGAGGAACUGACAAGUUGAGGUGUGCCGGCGCCCAAGAGUGUGGUGCAUGUAACACCUCACUUCCUCAGGCAGAGUGCAUGGAGGCUGAAAGCAUUGAUAGAAUCUUUUUGGGAUGGUCAACAGUGGAUAUUAUAGAGAUGUAGCAUGUACAGGUAGUGUGUGACAGAGAGGUGUCUGAGCUCUAGUGUCUCUGUGCUGUCGUCUGCGUUCUGUUGCCUGUGCAUUUCUGUGCCAUGUCCUGGAGCAAGAGUCCCCGAAGCUUUCUGUCAUGAUGCUCACUGCAUAAAUUUGCAUGAUUUCAGCUUGGGAUGUAACAGUUUAAAUGGCCUUCAACCUGACCCCUGACCCUCAGCUUAGCAUGCUUCACUCUGACCAGGGUGACUCUCUAAGCCACUAUGCAUAAUUCAGUGGGCUGGGUAUGGCGGAAUGCCUUUAAGCCUUCAAAUAUGACCCGGACGACGUCAAAAUAAACGAAAACAUCAAAUCGAUGAAAUAUCAAAUCAAGUAUUUUGAUGAAGUGGCUGAUUUUUAUUUGUGAAACAAUGAACAGCGGUCUUUUUAUGGCCCAUCCACUAAAGGCUUCCCUUGAGAAUGGACAUCUAUGUAUUUUUUUCUUAAAUCUAUGUCCACAUGAAUGAUAAAUUAUUGAUACUUUAUUGGUGCCUUCCUAUACUGUCAGUCAAUUUCCCUACAUUUGCCAAUCCGCUGUCAUAAAACUGAUGUUUCAUAUGAAAACCCUGCUUAAGUUUACAUUCACUUUUCCUUUAAAAAUUGGAUAAUGCCUCCGUCCAUUCACUUAUAUGUAUUAUUUUUUUCAAAAAAUAUGUUAUGUAGGUUUAACAGUAGCAUGUUAGUGUAAAACAGAGUAAAAAGCAAUGCAGCAACUGAUCGUCAGCAAAUAUCUCCCUCUAGUGUUUAAACGUACUUAUAAUGUCUACUGACCCAAAGCUUUUGCAGACUUCUUGUGAAAUUUGAGUUUUUGGCUUUGAGGAGCUAUCCAGUACUGGCCAGGGCCCUAGUACGUAACUGUUGGAUGUAGGAUGGGAUUGGUUUUUGCACUCUCUGAAAUGUAGCUUUGCUUGAGUGACAAUAUAGUUGUUUACCAUGCUAUUUAUUUCAUCAGAUAUUUAUGUUGAUAUUUUUGUAUAUAGUGACACCACACAUAUCAUAUGAUUGCUUAAGAAAUACUUUGAAUAUUUAUGCUGUGAAUAUUGAUUCUGUUACUCUUUCUUUCUGUCUUUUGUUUGAUUUUAGUUUUGCAUCCCAAGCUCUUGUAUUGCAAGAAAUCUAUGUUGAACUUUAUCCUGGAAAAAAAAGAGAUGCAUUUUGAAGGUUUAAAAAAAAUGUAGCAUUUGAAUAAUGAGAAUUUGUUUUCUAAUGGUGCAGCAGUCCUAGUGUGAUGUAUCGCUGAUACGAUGAAAACAGCCGUCCUGCACGCACCCCACAACUGCAUGUUGUGCAUGUCUGAUUUAACCCCCCCCGAACCUUCUCCCUCUGCUUCUCUAUAUUGUUAUUGUCUCUCUAGCUGUCAACUGGCUCCAUCAUCAAGGAUAUAAGCGAUAUCUCACCCUUCAAAUCUGACAAGUUUGUCGAAUUUCUCUUCCUGUACCUCACAGGAGGUUUUCUAAAGUCGAGCAUAAUCUUGACUCUAUGCCAUCUGUGAAGAGCCUGUUGGUAUGUAGUAGCAGCAGUGGGAGUUACAGAAAACAGAAAAGUUUAAUUAUAGAGUCAUGAACUUGUUCCACAUUGACUGGGGAAAAUGUUUGCAGGCUUUGCUUUUGGGUGAACUUGUCCUUUACUUUGCAUCUGUUUCUCUGAGUGUCUGUUUUAAAUACCAGUUUGGGGAAAACAGAAUGCUUUGUUUGUGUUGUAUUAUUGUUUUUUGUUUGUUUGUGUGUUUGUUUAUUUAUUUGUUUUUUAUUUUUUCACUUGUAGGUGCAGGGGAAAUAAAAUUCAACAUGCCUUA